AUCGUUAUAUCGUGUGGAGUGAAAAUAUGGCUAACCAAUUGGAAUUUCUUAUGCAGCUCUAUAUGAUGAAUUUAAUUCAACAACAACAGCAACAAUUAAUUCAACAACAAACUCUACAGCAACAAAAUAAGGAUAUAACUACUGAUGUGACUUCUUUGAUGUUGAAGAAACAACCACAACAACAACAACAUCAGAGUCCAAACAAUUGUAGUAGUAGUGCUAGUAGUUGUAGUAUUAGUACUAGUAGUAGUAGUUAUAGCAAUAUCAUUAACACUACUAGUGAUAAUGAUAUAUUUAAUACACAAAAUAACAGUGCAUUGCAACAACAAUUGUUUUAUCAAAAUGACAAUAAUUCCUUUAAUAAUCCUGUUAAUUUUUCAAAAAGUUUCCUUCAAUCAUCAACAGUGACAUCGACACCACAAGAAAUAGUGCCAAGAACUUCAAAUGAUAUUAUUGAUAAUGUGAGGGUGACAAGUGAUACCACGGAUGUGGAUAGGGAGGAAGAGGAGCCAUUAUUUUCAACAGGAACAUCCGGUUGUACGAGUAGUGGGGAUGAUUCGAAACUAAUGGGGCCUGUUUUAGAGAAUACGGAUUCAUUUUCAUCGCCGAUAAUGCCAAUAACUCCAAUUAAACAUGGAAAUGUAUUGUCAUCAUCGAGAUCAACAAGUGGACAAGAUUUGUCAGAAGAUAAUACGAAAUCUCUUAACGCUAUGUUUGUGGAUAGUGAAGAUUCAAAUUAUUCACAAAAAAUGGUUAAGCAGUCUUCUAAAAUGAAUGUCAGUGAAGAAAUUCCAUCAGAAUCUAAAGUGGCAGUUAAAAUUGAAAACAAUUCUGGGAAUUUUGAUUCAAUAAGCUUGCUACCUGGAGGAACAAAUGCUGACAACAUUUUGCAAAAUGAAGAAAGCCUAAAGUAUUUGAAAAAAUUCCCAUCCUACUUGGAAUGCGAAAGUAUAACUUGCCGCCAAGAAAGUAUCCGCGAACAUUUUCAUUGCUAUGACCAACCUUGUUGUGGUAAAGUACUUACCAAAAGAGACGAAAUUAUUCGUCAUCUGAAAUGGCAUAAGAAACGCAAGGAAAGUUUGGCAUAUGGAUUUUUGCGUUUCUCCUCCUCCGAUGAUUGUUCACAAUCUUUUAAGCCUGGAUGCAUUUACAACUGGAAACAAACACAUUAUCAUUGUGUGGAAGAAGGUUGUCCCAAGGUCUAUGUUAGCACCAGUGAUGUACAAAUGCAUGCAAAUUAUCAUCGAAAGAACUCGGAGAUCAUUCAAGAAGGAUUUAAGCGUUUUCGAGCAAUUGAAGAUUGCAAAACAGAGAGCUGUCCAUUUUAUGAGAAGAAAACCUCGCAUUACCAUUGCCGAAGAGAAAAUUGCCAAUUUACUUUCAAAAACAAAGCUGAUAUGGAAAAACACAAGUCAUAUCACUUGCGCGAUGAACGUCUUACUCAGGAUGGUUUUAAAAAAAUCCUCAAAACUGAAGCCUGUCCUUUCGAAAAUUGUCGCUUCUCGACAGUUUGUAACCACAUUCACUGUGUUCGAGAGAACUGUAGUUAUAUUUUGCAUUCGAGCAGUCAACUUGUGAGUCAUAAGCGAAAACAUGAUCGCCUAGAUGGUGAACAAGCUUAUAACAAUUUCAAAAGAGCACAAAAGGAUAUCAGUAGUGAAGAUGAUUCACCAAAACCUUCAGUACAAACUGAUGUUUCUACGCCUCUGUCAUCUUUAACAACUGAAUCGAAUAACUUUCAAUUUUUAGCAAGGAAACGUGGAAGGCCACCAAAGAAAAUUCAACUUUCAAAUGAGGCAAAGAAACUGAAAAUGGAAACAUUAGAACAACCAACGGCUACUUGUAAUCCACCGCUAGGAAUUCCUUUUCCACCAUUUCUACCCCAGAUGAAUACUAAUUCACAAGAUGGAAUUUCAACACCCAAUUUCCAACUUACACACUUAAUGGCUAUGUUCCAGUUACAGAAUCCAUUAUUCUAUCAAAACCUUUAUCCAGAAGGCCUUUUUGGCUUGAUGGGAGGAGCUGCUGGAGCAUUAGGUCUGCCAUCCCAAAACUCAAUCUUCCCAACACCAGCUUCAACUCCAGCUCAAUCUUUUGUUAAAAGUGAAAAAAAGCAUAGUGAUUGAAGUAGGUUUUUUUGCAAGGCAUCAUGGGAUUAGUCUUCUUUUGGUAGCUAGCCAGCCAGGCUCACACUAGCAGAGUGCUGCCGUUUUUAAAAAUAUAGGACUUCCUUCAAUGAAUUGUAUAUUUAGAAGGAGAGGUAGUCGCUUUGGUAUGUUGCCUGCAAGGCUGUGAUCAGAAAUACAUGUAUUGCAUAGUAUUUGCCAAGACUUAAUAUGCUAAUGGUCUCUUUUCUUAUUUUAAGACUCAACUUAAAAAGAAAACUUUUUUUAUUUUUACAAAAAUGUGACCCUUAUUAAAAUGUUAUUCAAAGAAUACACUAAGGUGCAGUUUUGGUUAAUUUAAUUAACCAACUUAAAACAUAGACAACAAAUGUUUUCGAAACAAAAAUGUUGAUAUAGUCAAAUCAACCUCAACUGCACCCUAUUGAAUAUUUGACUUCAAGUUACAUAAAUUUCUCAAAUCAAUAUAACAUUUAAUUUGCCAAACUGUGUAUCAGUUUAAACUUUUUUGAUCAAUGAAAGUGAAUUUAUUUGUUCAAACAAAUGAAUUAUUUCAUUUUCAUUUAUCAAAAGACUUUAAACUAAAUUUACACUAAUUUAUCGCUCAAAUAUACCUACAUUUAAAAAUUAUCUGUGAUUCUUUUCCUAAUUUUCACAAUAAAAUUACUUAGUAAAUAAAGGUGA